AUGGUUAUCGUCAACUGGCCUCAUGGCUUAAAUUGCUCUGACAUCUUUGAUGAGUGCAGUUUCAAGGGUGAAAAAUUCAAUUGCUGCGAUUAUUUCCUUUCCUUGUGGACACCUUAUGGACGCUGUUUCCUUCUCAACUCGCUGCAGAACAACAAUCACAGUUCCCCACAUUGGCUGCCAGCAUCUUAUAUUCGCAGUGAAAAGCAAGAGUUAAAGCUCGAAGUUCAUCACGAUGUACGAGUGGAAAUACUGAAUGAGGAAGAUCUACCAAAUCAAUCGUUAUCUUCUGUUAAUUUUGUCACCGUGUUGGGUAUGAAGAAAACUAUUAAGUUCUACAAAGAAGCCCUUGUGAAUGACCCCGAGGUUCGCGACAUGCCGCCAGAGUCCAGAGAUUGCUUAUUUGCUGAUGAGGUGCCAUCAAGGAGUAUCUUCAAGGCUUACAGCUAUAGUGCAUGUAUUAGCGACUGCACGAGAAUCAUUCAAAUGGAGUAUUGCAAUUGUUCCCUUUACAAUUUUAAUCCAUUCGACAAUAAACAGUUUCCCGAUUGUGACUAUAAAGGUUAUCUAUGUGUGGAACAAAUUGGACUUAUAAGUUCCGAUUUCCAAGAGCUGAUGAAGUACAAAGGUAAAUGCGAUUGUUUGCCCUCGUGCACGGAAUCCGAUUUGAUGGACAUUUAUUCAUCUGAGGAACGCAAUACUCCAGGAAAGCUUACUAUAAGCAUCUCGAUGUCGAUUGCGCCAGAAUAUCAAUUUAGGCGACAAGUGCUACGCACAAAAUUGGAUGUUAUUGUAUCCUUGGGCGGCAUACUGGGGCUUUUCCUUGGUGCCAGCAUCCUCAGCAUUAUCGAGUUUAUCUACUAUUUUACAAUUCGUGCAGUUAAUAAUUUCAGAAAUUAA